AUGCGAUUUGGAAUACGUGGAAAACUCAGUCCACGCUAUGUGGGCCCCUUUGAGAUUCUGGAAAGAGUAGGAGCUGUGGCAUACAAAUUGGCACUCCCACCUUCACUGUCUGGAGUUCACAAUGUUUUUCAUGUUUCCAUGUUAAGAAAGUAUAUUCCAGAUAUGAGCCAUGUGGCAGAGGUGGCUCCCCUACAGCUUAAAGAAGAUUUGACAUAUCCUGAGCAGCCUGUACGUGUGGUUGAUAGAAAAGAACAAGUGUUGAGGAGGCGCAUGAUUCCUUAUGUUAAGAUUCAGUGGAGCAAUCACUCAGAACGAGAGGCUACGUGGGGGCUGGAGGACGAGAUGAAGAAAAAAUAUUCGGACCUUUUUGCAAGCUAA